AUGAUCUCCUGCAUCGGAAGCAUCAACUCCUUCUUCCGCUGGGGCUCCCAGCGACCCUCCUUCUACACCACGAACCAGGUGACACUGCUGCCCUUCUUGUGCCCCUUCAACUACGUCGGGCUCAAGACGGCGGCGGUGCGGAUCUUUGGAUGCUCCGAGGAGUUCUGGGAGAACGUCAUCAAGCCCUUCCAUGGCUUGAAUCUGAGCACCGUCCAUAUUGAUGACGUGCCAGGGACGGCCUUUGAGACGCUUGGGAUGAAGGGAAGAUUCAUGGAGAACAUGGACAGAUUUGAUGUGAUGCUAGAGCUUGCGACUUCAGAUGCUCAGGCCGCGGGCCCUCCCAGCGAGGAGGAGCAAAAGCAGGAGUUCUUCCAAUGCACCCGACAAUGCCGUUGGAGCUUCGGUCUGGAACUGGCCAUCGUGGGUGGGCGUAGCGGCUGGUGGCGCUGCCAGUGCUAUCGCCUCAAAUCCUCAGGUUUUGAUGUGUUGGAGCCGGUGAUUGACAGAUACUCCGUCCACGCUCCAAAGAGCUGA